AAAAAAAUUACUUGGUAGGAUUUUGAAUUUUCACAGUGGCAAUAAUCUAUACGAUUGCAAUAACCACCAUUAAGGAGUAUUAGUAUUGUAUAAUGUUGAUAAAACCAUUGGGGGAGUAUAAGGCUCCUCGUCAUACGUUGGAUGCAGAAGAAGAUACAAUUACAAAGCCAUUUCCUAAACCUAUAAUUGUUGUAGAAUUGGUGGAAGAUAUUAAAUCAAUUGAUUAUGUAGUGAUAUCUCCAUCAACUCUUUCUGUAUUACUGGAUUCAUUUGAAUCUACUAAAAUUGUGGGUUCUAUACAAAUCAUAUAUGACCUUUCAGUAACUCAAUCACCAUCAAGAGAAGGUUUAGAUGAAGAAGAUGCUGAAGAUUAUAAUAUUAUUGAACAAUUAUAUUCUGCUAAUAGAGUCAAUCGAUUUGAAACUAAUAUCCUUGGAAAAAUUGAUAUUAAACUUCAUACUUCAGGAACUAAUUCAGUUAUUAGUAUUGUUAUACCUCGCUUUAGUAAUAUAAUUACUUUUAAUUUAAUUGCAAAGGCAAUUACAGAAAAAUUUAUUCCUUUAAUUAAAAAUCAAUGGAUAGUAUUGGCUCCAUGUAGUUUGAAUAAUAAUAGUACAAUUAAUAAAUUGAUUGUUAAUUCACAUAAGAGUACUGAUAAAAGUGAUGAAGAACAAUCACAAAUCCUCGAGGCAAUCCCAUAUCUUAAACCUCCACAUUUUAUAACAGGUAUAUCGGGUGCAAUUGUAUCACAAUUGAAUAAACUUGAACAAGUUUCAGUAUUAACUUUGGUGUUAGAUCUGGAAGGUCAUUCAGGAUUUGAAAAAUCUAGUAGUGAUUCAAUUGUUGAUAGUGCAUUUGUUCUUGGUUCAAUAUUGUUACCAGAUUCUAUUAAACAGCAUGAAUAUGUUAAGGCAGUUAGUGAAAAAGUUAGAAAAUUAAAUGGAUUUUCUAAUUCGGGAAUGUAUAUAUAGAAAAUAAAAUUAAUACUUUAAUGGAUUUAUCUUUG